AUGGCCUCGGGAGCCGGAGGAAUAGGAGGGGGCGGUGGCGGCAAGAUCCGGACGCGGCGUUGCCACCAGGGGCCAAUUAAGCCUUACCAGCAGGGGCGACAACAGCACCAGGGCAUUCUUAGCAGGGUUACAGAAUCUGUUAAGAAUAUUGUGCCAGGAUGGCUACAAAGAUACUUCAACAAGAAUGAAGAUGUGUGCAGCUGCUCAACAGACACAAGAGAGGUACCACAGUGGCCGGAAAAUAGAGAAGAUGAUCAUCUGAUAUAUGCCGAUGAGGAGAGCUCUAAUAUUCAUGAUGGGAGAAUCACUCCCGAGCCCACAGUCAGUAAUACAGAAGAACCCUCAACAACUAGUACUUCUUCAAAUUACCCAGAUGUAUUAACAAGGCCUUCUCUUCAUCGGAGCCAUAUGAAUUUCUCCGUGUUGGAAUCUCCUGCACUACACUGUCAGCCCUCCACAUCCUCGGCAUUCCCAAUUGGCAGUUCUGGAUUUUCCCUUGUAAAGGAAAUUAAAGAUUCUACCUCUCAACAUGAUGAUGAUAACAUCUCAACUACCAGUGGUUUUUCUUCAAGAGCUUCUGAUAAAGAUAUAACUGUUACAAAGAACACUUCAGUGCCACCUCUGUGGUCCCCAGAGGCUGAACGUACUCAUUCACUCUCACAGCACACUGCCACCAGCUCAAAAAAACCAGCAUUCAACUUGUCUGCCUUUGGAACACUUUCCCCUUCACUUGGGAAUUCUUCAAUCCUUAAAACAAGUCAGCUUGGAGAUUCUCCUUUUUAUCCUGGAAAAACAAUGUACGGUGGGGCAGCAGCUGCUGCAAGACAACUGAAACUCCGAAACACACCGUAUCAGGCACCCGUCAGAAGGCAGAUGAAAGCUAAGCAGCUGAGUGCACAGUCCUAUGGUGUGACCAGUUCCACAGCUCGGCGGAUAUUGCAAACUUUAGAGAAGAUGUCAAGCCCUCUCGCGGAUGCAAAAAGAAUCCCGUCUGUUGUUUCUUCUCCCCUGAAUUCUUCUCUUGAUAGGAGUGGAAUAGAUACAACCUCAGACUUUCAGGCCAAAAGGGAAAGGGUGGAUUCUCAGUAUCCCCCCGUUCAGAGACUCAUGACCCCGAAGCCGGUUUCCAUAGCAACAAAUAGAACUGUUUAUUUUAAACCGUCUCUGACCCCAUCUGGUGAAUUAAGGAAGACUACUCAAAGAAUAGAUAAAAAGCACAAUACUGGAUAUGAGAACCCUGUGACACCAGGACAAAACAGAGAACAACGAGAAAGUGGCUUUUCUUACCCAAAUUUCAGUAUGUCUGCAGCCAAUGGUUUAUCUUCUGGAGUAGGUAGUGGAGGCGGCAAGAUGAGACGAGAGAGAACACGCUUUGUUGCAUCUAAACCUCCAGAGGAAGAGGAAAUGGAAGUGCCAUUAUUGCCGAAAAUCUCUCUACCCAUCACCAGUUCUUCACUGCCUACCUUCAAUUUUAGUUCCUCUGUGAUCACAACUUCCUCUCCAUCACCCGUUAGUCCUUCACAAUCACUGACAAACAAGGUACAAAUGGCCUCUCCAAACAGUCCUGGCAGUCCCAUGUUUCGAUUUUCAUCUCCAAUUGUAAAAUCUACUGAGGCAGAUGUUCUACCUCCGUCAUCUAUUGGAUUUACGUUUAGUGUGCCUGUUGCGAAAACAACAGAACUUUCUGGCUCUAGUAGUAUUUCAGAACCAAUUACAAGUAGUAGUUUAGCUCAAGAUACCAAUGCAGUGAAUAGUACAAGCUGUAAGAAGCAGCCAGAUGAAGAUUGUGAGGGUCCUUUUAGACCUGCAAAAACCCUGAAAGAAGGAAGUGUCCUAGAUGUUCUCAAAAGCCCUGGUUUCACAUCACCAAAGGCAGAUUCUCUUGCUGCUCAGCCUAGUACCACAAGCCCAGUAGUUUAUACAAGACCAGCAAUAAGUAGUUUUUCUUCUGGGGGAGUUGGGUUUGGAGAAAGUGUAAAAUCUGGGUCAUCUGGAUCGUCGUCGUGGCAGUGUGAUACUUGUCUGCUCCAGAACAAAGCUACAGACGGCAAGUGCAUAGCCUGUCAGGCAACAAAAUUGCCAGCAAAAGAUACUGCUAAACAAACUGGAAUCGGAGCACCAAGCAAAAGUGACAAGUCAACUCUCUCUACAUCAGGGACGGGUUUUGGAGACAGAUUUAAACCAGCAGUCGGGACCUGGGAUUGUGACACCUGUUUAGUGCAAAACAAACCCGAAGCGAUGAAAUGCGUAGCUUGUGAGACACCAAAACCCGGAACUGGUGUGAAGCGAGUCCUUACGCUGCCAGUGGCUGCGGCGAGCGCUGUGCCCGUGGCCGCCGCACCUCCCACCUGCACUGUGACCACGGGCGCCGUAGGAUUCGCAGAUAAAUUUAAAAGGCCCCUGGGAUCUUGGGAGUGUCCAGUAUGCUGUGUUUCUAAUAAUGGAGAAGACAGUAAAUGUGUGUCCUGUGUGUCUGAGAAGCCAGGAAGUUCAGUACCUGCUUCAAGUAGCAGCACCGUCCCUGCCUCUCUGUCUUCUGGAAGCUGCCUUGGGUUAGACAAGUUCAAGAAACCAGAGGGAAGCUGGGACUGUGAAGUGUGCCUAGUGCAAAAUAAAGCCGACUCUACCAAAUGCAUAGCAUGCGAAAGUGCAAAGCCAGGCACAAAGUCUGAGUUCAAAGGCUUUGGCACGUCUUCCCCGUCUCCAAACCCAGCUGCCUCAUCCUUCAAAUUUGGUCUCCCGUCAUCGUCUUCUGGGCCUUCUCAGACUUUAACAAGCACUGGAGAUUUUAAAUUUGGAGAGCAGGGAGGCUUCAAAAUAGGUGUGUCUUCAGAUUCUGAGUCUCCAAACUCCAUGAGUGAAGGCUUUAAAUUUUCAAAACCAAUAGGAGAUUUUAAGUUUGGAGUUUCGUCCGAGUCCAAGCCUGAAGAAGCUAAAAAGGACAACAAGAACGAUAAUGGUUUUAAGUUCGGACUCUCUUCGGGUUUAAGCAAUACGGCAUCGUUAGCUCCGUUUCAGUUUGGGGUGUCUAAUCUUGGGCAGCAAGAGAAGAAAGAGGAGCUCCCUAAAUCUUCAUCUACAGGCUUUAGUUUUGGUACAGGUGUCAUUAACCCGGCACCUGCUGCUGCCGUCACUGGGGUGACCGCUGAGAACAAGAGCAGCUUCAGCUUUGGAGCCAUAGGAGCCAAGAGCGUUUCGGUGGCUCCGUUCACAGGGAAGACGUCAGAAGCAAACAAAGAAGACACGCCCGCCACCAAGGGAGGGUUCACUUUUGGUGGCACGGAGCCUGCCCCCGUGCCGUCUGCCUCUUUGUUCGUUUUGGGAAGGACAGAAGAGAAACAGCAAGAGCCGGUCACUUCUACUUCUCUGGUGUUUGGGAAGAAAGCGGACAGUGAGGAGCCGAAGUGUCAGCCAGUGUUUUCCUUUGGGAAUUCAGAGCAAACCAAAGAUGAGAGUUCUGCAAAGGCCACCUUUAGUUUCAGUGUGGCAAAACCAUCUGAGAAGGAACCGGAACAGCCUACGAAGGCCGCGUUCGCAUUUGGGUCUCAAACCAAUACCACGACUGAUCCAGGUGCAGCAAAACCAGUGUUCAGUUUCUUGAACAACAAUUCUUCUAAUUCAAGUGCACCGGCCACUUCGGCAGCCGGGGGCAUAUUCGGUAGCUCCACUGCGUCCUCCGGUGCGCCGGUGGCUGCCUUCGUGUUUGGACAGGCCAGCAACCCUGUGAGCAGCUCUGCUUUCGGGAACUCUGCGGAGGCCAGUACUUCUCAGUCUCUGCUGUUUUCUCAGGAGAGCAAACCUGCAGCCACGUCCAGCGCGGGCUCAGCGGUCACCCCGUUCGUCUUCGGUCCAGGGGCCGGUGGUAGUAAUCCUGUAACCUCUGGUUUCAAUUUUGGAGCUACCACCACAUGCAGCUCUGCAGGAUCCUCCUUCGUGUUUGGCACUGGACCUUCAGCACCGUCUGCCAGUCCAGCAUUUGGUGUUAACCAAACCCCGACGUUUGGACAGAGUCAAGGUGCCAGCCAGCCGAAUCCCUCAGGCUUCGGAGCCCUGUCAUCUUCCGCAGCAUUGUUUUCUGCCACUUCUCAGCCCACGCCACCCACUUUUGGGACAGUGUCAAGCAGCAGCCAGCCUCCUGUGUUUGGACAACAGCCUAGUCAGUCUGCAUUUGGCUCUGCAGCAGCUCCUAGUUCUACUUCAGUUUUCCAGUUCGGCAGCAGCACCACGAACUUCAACUUCACGAACAACAACCCGUCGGGAGUGUUCACGUUCGGUGCGAACCCCAGCGCUCCUGCGGCCGCGGCCCAGCCCUCGGGCUCCGGGGGCUUUCCUUUCAGCCAUCCGGCGGCGGCCUUCACCGUGGGGUCAAACGGGAAAAAUAUGUUCUCGUCUUCUGGAACUUCAGUCUCUGGGCGCAAGAUAAAGACUGCCGUCAGGCGCAAGAAAUAA